AUGCAACGUCUCGGAACGCUCCUCUUCGUGUUCGUCCUCGUCGCCGCCGUGGCGGCACAGGACUACGAUGAUUCGCCGGAGGCUCCGCCACCUCCGGCUCUGGACAACUGCGACGGCGUCUUCCUAACCUACACCUUCAUCUCCCGCGCCAAAGAGUUCCCACACGUUAAGAACGCUUCAGCCCAAGCCUAUGCCUUCAAAUCCAUGGCCACAAUCCUCAACGCCAUGGACACCGACCUCAAAGCCUGGAACAUGUUCAUUGGCUUCCAGCACCAUGAGAUCUUGGUCUCCGCCAAUGGCGCCGUCAUCACCGAUGGCAGUGACCUUCCGGCCUUCGUCGGCAAUGGAACCUCAUUUUCAGGUUUCCCUCAGACUGACCUUCUUAACUCCAUUGACACCGCCGGAGAUAUGAAUCAGAUACAAGUCCAGAUUGAUCUCACCGGAACUCAGUUCGGCCUUAAACCUCCGGCGGUCCCGAUGCCAAAGACCAUCAAGCUUCUCAACGAUGGUUUCAAAUGUCCCACACCAACCAAAAAAGGAAGCAAUAUGCAUGUGUGCUGUGUGAAAGACCCCAAAUUGAAGAAGAAGAAGACGAAGGACAUCACCGACAAAUUCCUUCCCCGGCAAUACGGUGACCUGAACAUGGUCUAUGAUGUAUUACAAGCAUAUGAUAACAACUAUUUAGCUCAGGUGACCAUUGACAAUGAUAAUCCCAUCGGCCGGCUCGAUAGCUGGAACCUCACCUGGGAAUGGAUGCGCAACGAGUUCAUCUUCUCCAUGAAAGGCGCCUACACUCACAAGAAAGAUCCGGCUGAUUGUAUCUACGGUGCCGCCGGACAGUACUAUCAGAACUUUGAUUUCUCUCAGGUAAUGAACUGUGAGAAACGCCCGGUAAUUGCCGAUCUCCCACCGGAGAUGAAAGACGAUGACCGUGUCGGUAAACUCCCCUUCUGCUGUAAAAAUGGCACUUUGUUACCACCCAGCAUCAAUGAAACUCUGUCCCACGCCAUUUUCCAGCUUCAAGUUUACAAGAUGCCACCGGACCUGAAUAGAACCGCACUUUAUCCACCUCAGAAAUGGAAGAUCAAUGGAGUUUUGAACCCAGAUUACACUUGUGGAGCUCCAAGGAGAGUGAGCCCUUCUGUGUUCCCAGACCCAAGUGGUCUAAUGGCUAACUCCUACGCCAUUGCUAGUUGGCAAGUGGUUUGCAACAUCACAAGACCCAAAGCCAAAGCCUCACGUUGCUGUGUCUCAUUCUCAUCAUUCUACAAUGACUCUGUGAUCCCAUGCAACACAUGUGCUUGUGGUUGCCCUGAUGACUUAGACUGCAACCCCAACUCAUCUCCAUUGCUGCUCCCUUCUGAAGCUCUCCUCGUCCCUUUUGAUAACCGGACGGCGAAAGCCAAGGCCUGGGCCAAGCUCAAACACAUGAGCCUCCCCAAGACCUUGCCAUGCCCUGACAACUGUGGUGUCUCCAUUAACUGGCACGUUGCUUCAGAUUACAGCAAAGGUUGGACUGCCAGGAUCACAUUGUUCAACUGGGAGGACUACACAUUCAAGGAUUGGUUUGUUGCUGUGGAAAUGGACAAAGCUUUCAAUGGCUUUCAGAAAGUGUACUCCUUCAAUGGCACAAAGUUACCUCAGCUUAAGGACACUCUCUUCCUUGAAGGAUUGCCAGGAUUGAACUACUUGUUGCCUUUAUCUGAUGGAAAAGAUCCAAAGAGUGAUCCUAAAGUGCCGGGGAAACAACAGUCAGUGAUAUCAUUCACUAAGAAGCAUACUCCGGAGAUAAACAUCCUCCACGGCGAUGGGUUUCCGACGAGGCUGUAUUUCAAUGGGGAGGAGUGUUCUCUUCCUGUUGAGAUACCGAGUGGGCAUGACCAUCGUUCAUCUCCGGUUGUUCUUUUGCCUUUGGUUUUGGUUUCAGUUCUGGUGUUUGUGUUCAUAGCUUGA